GCCUGUGCCGGCAUCUCCCUCCACAGAUGAAGCCUCAAAACCUGACCGUUUCGGUGAAGAAGAUGAUUGUGGAAUCGGCUGUGAGAUUCUCCAGACAUGCCAGGACCGUCGCGUGGACACGGGCGCUGUGCUCCGCCCCGAAGGACUACGGCGUCCCGAACCCCAGCUGGUCGGCGGAGAUGAUGAGUCUGUACGAGCGCUACAGCGCCAAGGGAGCCGAGUCCUGGGAGAGGCUUCCGAGCUACAAGCGCUUCCUGUCGUUCUCUACAGGGGGGCAGUGUCUCAGCCGGCUGCACAAGCCCACGGCACGCCUGUUCACCAGGAACCUGGAGGAGGAGGGAGCCGGGUUCGAGUACACCGUCUUCGCCAGCAAAGCGGAGCGGCGCGCUGUGUGUCUCUUCCAGGCCGGGCCCCUGCUGGAGGGACCCCCGGGGCACGUCCACGGAGGGGCGAUCGCCACCAUCAUCGACUCUGCCGCGGGGACCUGCGCCAUGUACCUGACGGGCAUCGUCAUGACAGCCAACCUCAACAUCAACUACAGGAACCCCAUUCCUCUGGGCUCAGUGGUGCUGGUAGAGUGCGAGUUGGACCGGACCGAGGGCAAGAAGACGUUUGUCUCGUGCAGAAUCACCAGCGCCGACGGGUCCAAACUGCACGCGGAGGCAACAGCUCUGUUUGUCUCAGUCGGUGUGGGGACUCUGGUUGGACUCUGAGUCUGGGGGUCCCUGCGUGAGCCGGAACAGAAUCACCCCAGAGAGAAACUGGAGGAGGAAACGAGACCUUCAGCAGACUUUAUAGGGUUUAUAGGGGUUUUUAAAUACAAAAUGUUAUUAAUUUUACAGUUUUAAAUAAUACUAAUAAUAAUAAUAAUAAUAAUAAU